CACUUUACUUUGUGAGACAACUUCUACUGGUGUAGAGUGGAGCGAGCCCACUUGGUUUGGUAUCAAGACCUCUGAACAGAGAUGGGGAUAGGGUCCCCCGGGGACCCCAGAGCCCUGAGCCACCUGCUGCUCCUGUUGCUGCUACUGCAGGAGGAGUCCCUGGAGUCCAGCACUGGAACCCACACUCUCCGCCACGACCUCAUGGCCCUGUCCCUGCACAGGCCUUGGAAGCCCCAGUUCCUGGCCCUGGGAUACUUUGAUGAUGAGCUCUUCUUGAGCUAUGAUGGCGAGAGCAAGAGGGCAGAGCCCCGGGGUCUAGGGAUCAAGAUGGACCUGGGAGCUGAGAACUGGGAGAGAGAAACCAAGGACCUGAAGGAGAAGGAGCGGCAGCUCAGACAGUUGCUGACAGAGAUCACAGGCCAGCAGGGCCAAGGCCCAGGCCUUCACUCCCUCCAGGCCACAUUGGGCUGUGAGCUCCAGGGAGACAGCACUACAAGCUUCUGGUGCUUGGGCUACAAUGGGCAGGACUUCCUCACCUUCGACUCACAGACCCUCACUUGGACGUUGGCCCUGCCCUCAGCCCAGCACAUCAAGAAGCUCUGGGAGACCCAAGGCCCCAGGGCUGAUCAGGUUAAGGAUUUCCUGCAUGUGACUUGUCCUGCCCAACUCUGGAGAUACCUGGCCUCCUGGAGGGGCCUCCUGGAGAAUACAGAUGCCCCGUCAGUGACUGUGACCCGCAGUAAGAACCUGCUGGGAAAGGUCAUCCUGAGGUGCUGGGCUUUUAGCUUCUAUCCUCAGGGUGCCACACUGACCUGGCUUCGGGAUGGGGAGCCCAUGCACCAGGGCACCUUUGGGCCUGGGACCAAUCUGCCCAGUGGGGACGGGACCUACCAGACCUGGGUGGACACUCGGAUCCUCCCUGGAGAGGAGCAGAGGUUCACCUGCCACGUGGGACACUGAGGGCUGAACACCACGGUCCCUGCAGUCUCUGGUGAGGAACUGGGGGAGCCCUUGGGGUCCAGGGAGCUGGAGGCAGAGUUGGUGUGGGAUCCUCGUAUGAAAA